AUGAAUAAAUUCAUUGCCGAGAAAACAGGAGGAGACCCAGUCAUACCUUCUCCUAAGCUAGACACUGAUCUGGUGAUGGCUUGCGAUCGAUUGGUGGAUUGCCUCAUAAAGGCAUAUAACAAUCCCAUUCGGAUGCAGAUUGAUAUUGCGAGAUACAGCAAAAUGAUCUCCCCGAAGGACACUGGACAUAAUGAAGAAAGAGAGGCGAGGUUGCUUGAGAGGUGUCCACCUGGCCAUGAAGGUACAAAGUUGGUCGACAUACCCGCGACAGUUCUUGAUGCUACCGGCGCCAUCAUUGUGUGGUACCUCCCGGAUGCCCUGACAGAAACCACCCAGAAGGAAAUUCUGGCAGCCUCCGAUUUGCUCAGUCCGAGCCUUGCAAAAAGUGUAAAGGUUGAUGGGAGUUGGCGGACUAAUCAGGAUUGGUUCAAACCAAGCUCGGAAAAUGAUGGCAUAUCUCCUGGAUGCAUCAAUCUAUCUCCGGCUUGGUUUCAACAGGGGCACGAGAAUCUGUCAGACCUGGCGGUAUCUGCCUCAUUGAAGGGACCAUUCUCUGAGAAUAUUCUCAAAGCCAUUGCCAGGCCGGCAGCCAUCGCAUCAGCCGCACUCAGGGUGAUGCAUCCUGAGCAGUACUGGGCUGGGAUAUGA